AUGCAGGCACCAUCCCUUUCUCUUUCUCUUUUCAUCGGCUUAUCUGAUUCUACAGCUGUAGACCAUAUAGCUCGACACCAUUUUGUGUUCUUUUCCUUCUCCAACCGACAGCUGACUGAUCGUUUGUCUAAGAUUAAAACAUCGAGCUGUUUCUUUAAUUCGUUCGUUCUUUCUUUCUUUCUUUCUUUUAUUUCCCUUCUAUUUCUUUCUUUCUUUUAUUUCCCUUCUGUUUCUUUCUUUCUUUCUUUUAUUUCCCUUCAGUUUCUUUCUUUCUUUUAUUUCCCUUCUGUUUCUUUCUUUCUUUCUUUCUUUUAUUUCCCUUCUCUUUCUUUCUUUCUUUUAUUUCCCUUCUCUUUCUUUCUUUCUUUUUUUCUUUCUUUCUUUCUUUCUUUUUAUUUCCUUCUUUCUUUCUUUUAUUUCCCUUCUCUUUCUUUCUUUCUUUCUUUCUUUCUUUCUUUCUUUCUUUUCUGUUUCUUUCUUUCUUUCUUUUACUUUUAUUGGAUUACGACUACAUCACGCUGA